GACAGCAACAAUGCCUAGAUAUCUGUAUGUUCGGUCCAGACUCACACCGCGAAUCAGGGAGAAAUGAACCCUGAAUCAUGAAUACAGGCACACACUGUGCAAAGUGCUACUAGUGUACUUAUUGCUGCAGUGAUUAAUUCUCGUUGAAUGCAAAAUUAUCUUCAGAUCCGAGUCCAAAUAUCCGAAAUAUAUGAAAUGUAAACCCUUAUGCCCAACCAAGGCAGGGACCUACUGCACAUGCAGCCUUGUCAGGUCACCAGCUGCACUGCUCAGUCGGCUGUUCACCAAUGCAGGUCCGUACAUUGUAGCCACUGGCCCGAAGUCAGUGAAGUAGGUCGUGAAGUAAUUAUUAUCUAGUCCGGCUCCCACAAAAGAAAUACAGAGUAGGCCUAUUGGGUUACAUUUUGACAACACAUAGGGGCGUACCCCACAUCCUUGUAGAUAGUAGGCUAGCUACUUCUGACAAGGUAACAAACAUGUCGGGAUUCAAGGUGAUAGCUCAGAUAGUUUUAUAUUUGAGCAAAGCAAUGGCAGACCUUGUUGAUUUGGUCACGUGGAUCAUUUUCAAAAGACGCCUGACACCUCUAACGGAAGAGAGUUUGCUUGAAGGUUUCACACGCGAGGAAAAGUAUGACGUUAACGGACUGCUGUCUACUGCCGUGGUGGAUCCGGUGUGGUAUGACGGUUUUGGCGUUGUUGUGAAAUGUUUUCGGGAGGAUCCCACCAUUUGUGCCCUAGGUCGCAUCAUUAUUGACAUGCAAAUGAGAAGACUGCUUAGAAAUAGGCUUAAUAUUUACAAAUCCCUCUCUGGACACGAUUAUCCUGAGAUAUCGCGCCCAAUAUUCCUAAUUGGUCCCAUGCGAUCGGGAACUACUUUACUCCAAGAGUUGUUAGUUCUAGACGACCGUCACACAUCGCCGCUGUUUUAUGAAUCAAGAUACCCCGUCCGGAUAUCCAAUUCCGACAUUGUCAAGAGAGUAAAAAUUUUUAUGGACAUUAACCACUUCCUCUUCCCAUCGCUUCGGAGCAUUCACGAUCUUGGCCAUGACAAACCGCACGAGUGCUGCCACCUUUUGGAACAUUCUUUUAUUUCCAAAUAUGUCACAAUGUGCUGUCAGGGCACUAAUGACUACAUUAAAUGGUUGAGGACAAGGACCACCGACGAUAUGGUCAAAGUUUACCAGUUACACAAGCUACAACUUCAAUUGAUUCUAGGGUCCAGAUCAAGUCCAACGACACCACAACAGAAACUUGUGUUAAAAGAUUCCAUCCACUGUUCAAACGUAGAGGCGCUGUUGACGGUUUAUCCAGACGCAAUUUUCGUGCACACCUAUCGCAAUCCAGUCACAACCGUGGCAUCCGGGUGUUCCAUGGCGGAGACCUUUCGUAACUUUUACUGUAAAAAUGGUGGAAUCAAUUUCAAAAGGCUUGGUCAUCAAAUGUUAACUACCCCUUUGUUCAACGGUGGUAACGAGCUUGUAAGGUAUAGAAAGAGUCACCCCGAACACGAAGAUAAAUUCAUUGAUGUACAAUACCAAGAGCUUGAAGACGACCCGAUUAGUGUCUUGAAGUCGGUGUAUGAAAGAGUAGGGGUCAAAAUGACAGAUGACACCUUGCGGAACUUAGAAGCAUAUGUGAAGGAACAUCCUCGACACAAGCAUGGCAUACAUAGGUACAACCUUGAAAAGUAUGGGAUUUCUGAAAGCGACGUUCGAGAAUAUUUUAAAGAGUACAUUCAAUACUUUGAAAAGUAG